AAACAAAGGCCAGCGUCCUGCGUCACGCCGUGACUCCGCCCCUCCGAGUGACGCACAUAAACCUAAGUGGCGCAUGCGCAGCAGUGGUACAGCGUAGAGUUAGCCGUUAGCCGUUAGGUUCUGGGUUUAAAUUUGAUCGUUUAAUUUUUUAUUUCGGUAAAUUUAACGCAUUUCGCCUCAGUCAUGGAUAAAUCCGGCUUUGCUUCGGGUGGUAACGCGGAGGGGCCCGACAAAGUGGACAUGUCUCUCGAUGACAUCAUCCGGUUAAACAAGAAACAGAAGCAGCUCCAGAGCCACAGGGCCGCCCUCAAGAAGCACAAGCUGGCCGUGAGGAGCCGCUUAAGCCUGGGCAGGCGAGCGGGGGCACCACUACAGAGGGGAAAAGGUGCAGGGAAAUUGUUCGUCCGUGGCAGGAAGUUUGUGCCCACUGCCGGGGGAAAGCGACGAGGACAGGGCAUCAUCACCGGUCUGGCUGCCAGGAAAACCACUCUGCUGAAAGGCGUCAGUCCACUCAACCGUCCAGCACUGAGUCGAACGCCUCGGAAUAGACGGACACCGAGUCGACCGGGCCAAGGCAGAGUGCCCCUCAAUCGCUCAGCGUUCACUCAGAGAACGAGGCCGUUUGUUGUGCGGCGUGAGGCUCAGCACAGACAGACGCACAUACCCGCACAGAGGUGGCAGGACGCACACAAAGCUCCGACCCGCAGACCCUUCCAUCUCCGCAGGAAAUGGAACGCUCCUCCGGUUCCCGAGCAGCAGAGAGAGGCGCGCCAGGCCACCUUCCUGUCCCGAAGAGGCCUGAAGGUCCAGGCUCAUGUGCAGAAGAGCACGCCAGCACCAUCAGCACAGAGAGCACAAAGAACCCGACCGUGGCGCACUCCUCUGACCUCCAGCGGCAUUCUCACCGUCUCCAUAGACAACCCCACUGCCAGAACACAGCCGGAGCCGGCCCACUCGUGGUCUCUGCACCCACCGGCCCCGGCCCCGGCCGCAGCCCCGCCCCCGGCCCCUCCCGCUGCAGAGGAGUCUGAGAGAAAACCGCCCAAAGGAGUCGCCCUGCAGUUCGACAUCAACAGUGUCGGAAAACAGACGGCCAUGACCCUGAACGAGCGGUUCCGCAUCCUGAAGGACAAGCGCAUGGCAGCGGCGAAGCAGAGCAGCAAAGGCGGCCGGUUCGUCACCGUGGGCUAGUGGAGACCCCCGAAGACCAAUGAGAGACACUCACUGAGGUCACAUGUUCCUUCUGACCCAGUGACGGAGCGCUAAACCGACCCACACCCGACCAGGACGACGGAACGGCCUAAUCAGCACCAGCUGGUUAAAAGCUGUUAGCGAUGGAUGUUUUGUUGAGUUUCUUGGCUGAAGAGACACAUUUCACACGUCAGAUACGGAGGCACUGAUGCUCCAACGGAACCGACUGAGGUUUUUUUCCCGUUUGUAUUCGGCGGCGGUUCCUUCUCUCACAAAGCCAGUGUUGCUGUGUUUCCAUUCUUUUGUGUUGUUUCCCGAGUGACCUUGUACAUUAGUUAAUGUUCCUUUUUUAUAAACGAAGAGGGAAGCUGCUUCGGGUCGAUAACGAAGAGACCGUUUCUAUGUUGAAAAGAGGCUUUUUGUUGUUUUUGUCAAACAGACGUGUUUUAAAAUUUGUUUUAUAAGGUUUCAUUAAACAAAUGGCAUAUUGUCUUUGA